AUGAAUGAUGGCAUUCCCGAUCUGAACGGCACUCCGAUUGCCGAACAGCCACAAAGUUCUACUUUGCAAUCUUUCAAUAAUGUUGGACAAGGGAUCCAAUCUGGUUUUGAGGGAAACGGAAUGAACCUUCUUCCCGAUCACAAUCAAGAUGGAAGCAAUGGUGAUGCUUCGCAAAAUGGAGAGGGAAAUGGAAGUAUUCAAACAAUCGCACGUAUUGGCUCAUUGUUGGACAGGGUUACAGAUCUAGCACAGCAAGCUCGUCAAUCUUUCAUGGAAGGACAGCAUGCUCAAAGCAGCCUUUGCUUGGGCGACUUGCAAAAGAGUCUGACAGAGAUUGGAGAAUUGGGUGCAGCAAGUCUAGCCCUAGUAAAAGGACGAGAGCCAAAUGCACCAGCACCGGAAAUGGAACGUACGCCUUCUCAUGGCCGUCACAGACGAACAAUGACAGACUCUUCAUUGAAAAAGCGACCAUAUGAUGUUUUUGAUAAUAUCACACUCAAGUCUACUAGGCCCUCCAUUUCAGCUAUUAGUACGAACAAUAUUGAGGCGCCCUUUGAGCCGCCUCCAUCUGCUCCUCCAACCCUGGUAGAUGGUGGAUUGGGCUCAUUGUCUGCUUCAAGUUCUGGUCCGAUUGUACCAGCAUCGCAAGCACCAGAACAUCCUCCUUCUGCUCCACCGUUCUUCUCGAGUGGACCAACUUCUGCUCCUGCAACAGCACAUAGCAACGCUGCAGCCAUUUCGGCAGCAAUGAUGGAGCAAGAGUCUCUGAAUGCAUUCAUUCAAGCCCAAAACGUUUCUGCGCCUCCAUUCACUUCAAUUUCUGCUCCUAUGGGAUCCGGGGUAAUGAUGAACGGCAGUAUGGCAGGAAGCAAUGUGCCCUCUUUGGGACCAUCAACUACUUCAAGCCCUUCUAUUGGUCAUGGAGCAAUGGGCUUCGCACAUUCACAAGAGAACAGUGCCGGCGCUAACAGUCAGCAGAUGUCUGCAGGUCCUACAUCACCGGUCGAGGGUGGAAACGGGGAAGUUAAUCCCUUUUCCGUUGGAGGAAACGGACAUUCUCAUCAACAAAGCGUUGGAGGACGAACAGCAUCCUCUGGUGGAGAUGACGACUUGGCCGAGACGGGAUUGAUGCCGUCAGAACGCGGAAUGUCGGGAGCCAUGGUUCCACCUGACCUAAAAGCAAACUUGGACACACUCUUCUUUGAAUUUUUGGAAAAAGUGUGCUCUAAUGUUGAUUAUGCCGAUAGCAAAGGUGAACAUCUUCAUCAAAUUUUGACUGCAAAGAAGAUGAGCAGAUCUUCAAUCUCUUCACCAACAUUCAAAGCGUUCAAGUUCCGUAUUCAAGCUUUCACGAAUGCAUUCCAUGAGGAUGUGGUGCGCGCUUUGGGUGGUGAGGAAAAGUGCAAUCUCAAGCAAACAAGGGCUUACCUUUGGACUUCCAAUUACAUUGCUCGUUUCAAUGAAUCUGGAGUAAAGGAGAAGAGUAAGGGUAACCAUGUCUGGCGUGUGGAAGCACGAAAGAAUGGUGAAGGCAGAUUUGAAUUCAGAGAAUUCAAGAGGAAGAUCAUUGCUCCUGCCCAAGUUGCAUACCACGGUCUUGAAUGGUCAUGGCCGCUUCGCAUUUGGGACCCACAAGCGCCAAGCACUUCUAUCAAAGCUGUCUUUGCGGCACAUAGCUUGCCGCCAUGGAUUCGCUGGAAAGAAGGCGAUCAUCCGAUCUUGUUCGGUGUUCCCGAUGCAACCUGCCCUUCUACGCAGAUUACUGUUACUGCUCAUUAUGUCGCUCGAGGACAUCAACAAUUGGUCAAAUUGUCUGCAACUGUAGAUUUGCACAUCAUGCCUUUGUUGGAAUCACCCAUGCCACCGCUCUCCGCUCAACAAGAAGCGAAUGAAGAUUCGGUGAUGGACGAUUCGGCAGAGAUGAAACAGGCUGAGAUGGUCAUUGCACCUGGACAAGUUGCUAAUGUGAUGGAUUCUAUCGGCUUCCCGUAUACGCCACCUGCCGCUUUCGGUCCUAGACAGCACUACUUUGGUGGCGCGAGCGAGACGACUCAGUUGGAUGAAGAUCUGCGCAGUGCCACGCAAUCUGCGAGACAACCGUUACCUUCUGCACCUUUACCGCAGAUGCGGGGAAGUGCAAUGCAGCCGUUCGAACAAAUCCAAAAGAAUCAAAUUCGGGAAUUGCUGGCAAGGCAGGAACGGGCUGCUGCAACCAUGCCGUUGAAUAUGCCUCCUGCACGAAGGCGAGCUGCAUCGCAGCAAUCGCAGCAGCAACAACAAUCGCAACAACAGGAUCAACAAGAUCAGAUCCGCCAACAGUUGAACCAAAUGCAUCAGCAACAACAGAUGGAACAUGCACAAGAGGUGCAAAAUCAACAAAACGCUCAGGCACACCAACAACAACAACAGCAACAAGUUGAUCAACAUCAAUUCGGCGUGCAACAAGGCCAAGCUCAGGCUCAAAUUCAAGCACAGGCUGAGGCUCAAAUCCAUGCUCAGGUACAAGCAGAAGCCCAGGCUCAGGCACAUGCACAGAUGCAAGCCCAAAUGCAGGCACAAAUCCAGCAAGUAGUUCAAGCUUCUCAACCUCAAAUGAUGAACAUGAUGCAGCCUAAUGUUGAUCAAACGGGUAUGAUGAUGAAUGGAAAUGUUGUCAAUGCACCUUCAGCAAUUCCAGGUCAUCCUGGUUUAACCUUGACUCCUAUGUCAUCGAUGCCUCAAAUGGCAAAUCAAUUACCACAAAUGGCGGUUAGCAGUAAUGAUCCAAUGAUCUCACCCGCUAUUCCACUUGGAUUUGAUCCUAUCGCGCAAGAAGGCGCACGUAUCCAUUCUUUGCAACAACAACAACAAGCCGCAGCGCAACAACAACACGAUCAAUCACAAGAGCAACAAUUUCAGCAAGAGCUCUAA